AGGGGACGUUUCCCUGCCGAGUGCCGAAUGCAGCCCCAGCAUCUGGGGCAAAACGCAUCCUAUUGUGCACCUCCUGCUGUCUGUGCCUGAAUGCUUACUGGCCCUGCAAGGGGAAGAGGUGGCCGUGCUGCCCCUCCACUUGCUGCUAUUUCUGUGUUCACAUGUUACUGGGGCUACUGAGAGUGUUUGUGCAGCCUCAGGAUGAGCUGGGCUGUGGAACUGAUUUAGGUUGAAGCAAACUCAGCCAUCUGGGCUUCAGUCUGCGUGGCUUCUUGGUCUGGUGCACCCUGCAGCACGUGGGUGCUCAUGCUGACACAACACAUGAGAAGAAAGAGAAGCGCCUCUUCUUAUAGCCAUGCUUUCCAUACUUGAAGUGCUCAGAGUUGCGGCUCAAGCACCCACCCAGUGCUCCUCCAAGGUUCAGCCCCAGCAUUACCUCCCUCAGGACUGACCCCCUGGGAACAGCAGCACCCAAAAUGCUGUGCCCUGGAUAUCCGACUGCUGAAUGCCCCCUUGUUGCACAUUUCCUGCUUGCAGAGAGGGGAAGAGUCCAGGAUUAGGAUAAACCAGUGAGAGUAACCUGUGUUUAUCUUGCACUUGGCUCAAACCCGGAGGCACCCGCAAUGGCCUGAGGCUGUGAUCAGGAUUCUGGCAGCCAAAAUCAGGCGGAGUCCCAGCCCUGCUCAGUUCCUGCCAGCUGUUAGGUGUAACCGGUGGCUGCAGACUCAUGGAAGCCAAGCCCCAGCAGGCAGGGGGGGCUGGUUUCCUUGGCAGAGCAGCUGCAAGCAAGCCAGCCCUCCUCAUUCUGUAGGACCCUACUCAGAGCUCAGUGUCUCCUUUUUCUUGGUGCCACCCCUUUGAAUGCAAUGUGGCCUGGCCUGGCCUGGCCCUGCAUAGAACAGUAUCUGCUUUUCAUUUCCCACUCCUCUGGGAUUUUCCCACUGGAGACAAAAGUAAUUCAGCAAACACAGCUUGCCCACGUUUGCCAGGUCUUGCAGUGCCCAGUUCAGUACAUUCAGCAGCUCAGGGCUGGUGCUGCUGCUGUUCCGCAUCUGCUCUCUUCCCCUUCUGGGGGCUAGCUGCAGGGUCCUGCUCAGUGUUUCCUUCCUGGGGUUGUCUGGGUCCUCCCUGGUGUGGAUUUUGAGGGUUCCUGUGCUGGGCGGUCAGAGGUACUCGAGCUUUCCACUCUGCUCUAUUGGUUCUUGGUGACUGGGGCAGGUCGGCCUGAUAAGAAGUGGUUUCAGUGUGGGCUUUGCCAUGGGGCUGGGCCUGCUGCAGCUGCACAAAGGGUGCCAGCACUUUUGCCACGGGGUCCGCUGCAGUUUGUGGCUGGUGGUUGCCAUGAGUGUUCCUGGAACACAAGCGUGCUGGCACUGCUGAGCCUGAACCGGCACUUUCCCUGAAGAUAUCCUACCCCUGACCGUGUCCGAACGGAGCUCUCAGGUCCAUGCUGGUGCAAGGGUGACACAGGGUGAUGUGUGGCUCCUGCUGCCAGAGAGGCAGGCACGGCUAUGAGGGCUGCAGGGCCGAGAUGCUGCUGGGCUCAGGGAAGCCGUUUUCAGCAAGUCAGACCAGUUGUUCUCUGUUCUGAACAUCUCAGAGCAAAACCGAGACCAGCUGCAGCCCUUGGGCUGGUGGCUCCCAGCCCUGGCCUGGGAGGCAGUGGGAGGCCAUGCCCGGCCUCCCCAGCGUGCGGAGCAGGGGUGUCUUGUUUCCAGCCAGUCCCUGCUGGCGCUGUCUGUAAAUCAGUGGGAGAUGAAUAUGCAAGGUGCUGCUGUUCUGGUGGGUGGAGGGAGGAGCUUCCCUCGUGCCAGGGAGCUCCGCUUUCUGCUGUCACAGGAGCCUCUCCCAGCCCUUCUGCUUCUGCCACUGCUUCCUUCUUAGGGUGUUUCUCUCUCCCAUUCCCACCCUCUUACAUGGACCGCUGUUUUGACUGAAAUAGCUGCCGACCCACCUGGUGCCCUGUGCUGUGGGGCUGGCUUGUGUGGGACAGGGCCUUCCCUUUGCCCCUCUUCGCUUUGCCUUUGGGUACCGUUAGAAUCAGCAGCAGUUCUGGGUGGUGUAGUGGGCACCAUGAACGUGACAAUUGCUUUCCAGGUUUGUGUGCGUUGGGAGCCCAUGCUUUUGACAGCUGCAAGGGCUGUGAGGGUUUCUCAUAAAGGCUGAAGGGAAGGUCAUGUGAGGGCAUUGGGAGCCUGGGAUCCAUAGAUCCUGAUGCUCUUGGGCUUUCUCCAUCCACUCCUCCUGCCAUGUUUGCUCUCUCAUCUCUUUAGGCCACUAGUUCCUUGCCAGAGAGUUUGAGCACAGAGAGUCGCCAAGAUAGCUGGGCCAGGAAGAAAACGUCGCACCCCUGACCCAGACUCCAUUACCGACCCCGGUGGGCCGUUUGUGUCAUCCAAACGGCUGAAAAUGUCCAGCAGCACCAAUGCCCCUGGCCAGAGGAGAGUGUCUCGGGGCUUGGAUGAUGCUACCAACAAGAAGAAGCAGAAGGAUCGAGCCAACCAGGAGAGCAAGGAAGUGUCUCGCCCUGAGCUCGAGCAGGCUGAGACCUCCCAGGAGAGGGACUUGGAGGAGGAGUUGCUGCUGGACUGGAAGCAGAAUGCUGAUGAGAUCAUUGUCAAACUGAACUUGGGAAGUGGAUCUCUGAAGGUGGAGGACGUGGAUACUUCUUUCACUGAUACUGACUGUGUGAUCAAACUACCAGAUGGGCGCCAGUGGAGCUGUCAGUUCUAUGAGGAGAUUGAGGGUUCCUGCAGCAAGAUACAGUGCAAGAAGGGAAACUUUCUGCAGCUUGUGCUUCAGAAGAAGAUCCCACUCCACACAUGGUCUUCACUUCUGAAGAGAAAGAAAGAUGGAUCCAAAGAGCUGGCCAAAGGGGCCAUGUGCUGGGAGAAUGGGAAGGAGAAGGCUUCUUCUGCAGAACUGACCCCUGAAGAGCCACGGACUGAAAGUGCUGAGCUGCCAAGAACCCGACGAGAGCCCUCCAACCCCAAACGCGCUCAGGGAAGGAGCGAGGCCCUGGGAGGGAAAAGCCCAGCCAGCCCAGGGACACAGAGUGGCCCCAGCGCCAAGCGGGCAGUAUACCUCAAAGUGGCUCCAGCUGAAGAGGAGCCGAAUACCAGAGUCGUCGGGAGCGUGGAGCCCAGCAAAGGGCAUGGGGGGAGGUCAGGCAGCCGUCGCAAUGGCAGAGCCAGCCAGGGCGAUGCACCUACAGCCCUGGCUGACCUUGCACCACCAUUAGAGAAGGCUGUGGUUAUGGCCAAGGAGACCGUUCCUGUGGAGAUGCCGCCACUUGCUGCUACCACAGAGGUGUUCCCCCACCGUGUUGCCACCUGCGUGGAGAAAAGAGUCCUGCAGCCAGGCAGCCCCGUCGAAGCCUCACGGGGCCGGGAGUGUGCGCCUGUCUUGGGAGAGAGCUCUAAGGCCAUCCCAUCAGCCACGCGUCCCCUAGGCAGAGAUGGAGAGAAGAGGGACUGGUCCAAGGAUGAUGUGGCUCUGGAAGCAGCAGCUGAUGAGCCAGAGCCUUUUGUGAGCCUGACCUUUGUCAAGAAUGACUCAUAUGAGAAGGGCAAUGACCUGGUAGUGGUGCACGUAUAUGUGAAGGAGAUUCACAAGGAGACUUCUAAGGUUUUUUUCCGGGAGCAAGACUUCACACUGGUGUUCCAGACAAGCGACAUAAACUUCCUUCGCCUCCAUCCUGGCUGCGGGCCCCACACAGUGUUCCGGUGGCAGGUGAAGCUCAGGAACCUCAUUGAGCCGGACCAGUGCACGUACAACUUCACAGCAUCUCGCAUUGAUGUCUGCUUGAAGAAACGCCAUAGCCAACGCUGGGGGGGGCUGGAGGCUCCUGCCACACGAGGUGCAGUGGGUGGUGCAAAGGUUGCCAUGCCUACAGGCCCUACCCCUCUGGAUAAGACCCCUCCGGGCAGUAACCAGCACCCCCUGUCCAGCAAAGAGGAGGCCCGAGCCAGCGAGAAAGAGAAGCCACGUGUAGAGGAUGGGGGUCUGGAUGGUGUGGCAGCCCGUACAACCCAAGAGCAUGUGGCAGUGAAGCAAGAGCCACACAUCCCCUCGCCCAAACCAACCUGCAUGGUACCACCAAUGACACACAGCCCAGUGAGCACUGAGAGUGUGGAAGAUGAUGAGGAUGAAGACGAGAAAAAGAAGGUGUGCCUGCCUGGCUUCACGGGGCUAGUGAACCUGGGCAAUACCUGCUUCAUGAACAGCGUCAUCCAGUCAUUGUCCAACACCCGGGAGCUGCGUGACUACUUCCAUGAUCGGUCCUUCGAGUCAGAAAUCAACUACAACAACCCCCUGGGGACAGGGGGACGCCUGGCCAUCGGCUUUGCCAUGCUGUUGCGAGCGCUGUGGAAAGGCACACACCAUGCCUUUCAGCCCUCUAAACUGAAGGCAAUUGUGGCCAGCAAGGCCAGCCAGUUCACUGGUUAUGCCCAGCACGAUGCUCAGGAGUUUAUGGCCUUUCUGCUUGAUGGCCUGCAUGAGGAUCUCAACCGCAUCCAGAACAAACCCUACACAGAAACUGUUGACUCAGACGGGAGGCCUGAUGAGGUGGUAGCUGAGGAGGCCUGGCAGCGACACAAGAUGAGGAAUGAUUCCUUCAUUGUGGACCUAUUCCAGGGCCAGUACAAAUCCAAGCUGGUGUGCCCAGUCUGUUCCAAGGUGUCCAUCACCUUUGACCCCUUCCUGUACCUCCCAGUCCCCCUCCCACAAAAGCAGAAAGUGCUGACUGUCUACUACUUUGCAAAGGAGCCACACAAGAAACCCAUCAAGUUCCUUGUGAGUAUCAGCAAGGAGAACUCCAGCGCCAUGGAGGUACUCGACUCGGUGGCCCACAGCGUGCACGUGAAACCAGACAACCUGCGCCUGGCAGAGGUAAUCAAGAAUCGCUUCCACCGCAUGUUCUUGCCGUCCCAGUCUCUGGACACAGUCUCCCCCACAGACCUGCUGCUCUGCUUCGAGGUGCUGUCCCCAGAGCUGGCCAAGGAGCGGGUAGUGGAGCUGCAGGUCCAGCAGCGCCCACAGGUACCUAGUGUCCCUGUCGCCAAGUGUGCAGCCUGCCAGAAGAAGCAGCUGUCAGAGGAAGAGAAGCUUAGGCGCUGCACGAGGUGCUAUCGAGUUGGUUACUGCAACGUGACAUGUCAGAAGACACACUGGCCAGACCACAAGGCUUUGUGCCGCCCUGAGAACAUCGGUUUCCCCUUCCUCAUCAGUGUGCCGGAAUCCCGCCUCACUUACGCCCGCCUGGCCCAGCUGCUGGAGGGCUACGCAAGGUACUCAGUCAGCGUGUUCCAGCCUCCUUUCCAGCUGGGACGGAUGUCACCGGAGCAGGGGCUGCAGCCUCUGCUCCUAGACAAGCUGGAGCCCAUGGCCAAGGGCAGCUGCGCCGCCGCCACCUCUGCUCCCGAGCUGGGGGACGGGGACAGGGCUUCUGGCCUCCUGCAGGAGCCUCCCCUCUCACCAGCUGUGCCUGAGCUGCAUCCAGAGAUGAGCGACACUGGCACUGUUCGGAGCAAGGUCCUGGCUGCCAGGAGUUCCGUGCUGAGCUUGGAUUCAGGCUUCUCUGAGCACAUGGAUUCGCAGGGCGACAGCUGUUCUGAGAAGGAGCCGUCCUAUGAGAGAGCCCUCAAACCAGAAGCUGCCAUCCCUGGGUACCAGCACACUCCAGACUCGCUGAGCGCCCGUGCCACGCAGUUCUACAUCAACAAGAUUGAUGCUUCCAACAAAGAGUAUAAGCUGGAAGAUAAAGGUGACACCCCCUUGGAGUUGAUGGAUGACUGCUCCCUUGCCCUGGUGUGGAAGAACAAUGAGCGCCUCAAGGAAUUUGUGUUGGUGGAGUCCAAGGAGCUGGAGUGUGUGGAGGACCCGAGCUCAGCCAGCGAAGCAGCCCGAGCUGGCCACUUCACCCUGGAGCAGUGCCUCAAUCUCUUCACCAAGCCCGAAGUCCUGGCCCCGGAGGAGGCGUGGUACUGCCCCAAGUGCAAACAGCACCGCGAGGCCUCCAAGCAGUUGAUGCUGUGGCGCCUGCCCAACGUCCUCAUCAUCCAGCUCAAGCGCUUCUCCUUCCGCAGUUUUAUUUGGAGGGACAAGAUCAAUGAUAUGGUUGACUUCCCUGUCCGGAGCCUGGACCUAAGCAAAUUCUGCAUUGGCCGGAAGGGUGAGCAGCAGCUGCCCAUGUAUGACCUGUAUGCUGUAAUCAAUCACUAUGGAGGAAUGAUUGGCGGGCACUACACGGCAUACGCCCGCCUGCCCAACGACAAGAACAGCCAGCGCAGUGACGUGGGCUGGCGGCUCUUCGAUGACAGCACAGUCACCACCGUGGAUGAGAGCCAGGUGGUAACCAGAUACGCAUAUGUCCUCUUCUACCGCCGGAGGAACUCUCCUGUGGAGAGACCCCUGCCAGGGCACCCCCCAGACCACCGAGCCGAGCGCACCCCCUCUGCUGAAGCUGCUGCCAGUCAGGCUUCUCUGAUCUGGCAGGAACUGGAGGCUGAAGAACAAGAGCUGCAGCUCGAGGCUCCCCAAAGGCCUGCGAGAAACUCCUGGAGGCCCCGUGGCCAGAAGAGGAGUCCGGGUACCCCCCAACACCCAGAUGAAGGCUGCGUCAAAUACUUCAUCCUGGCCACCACGGCCGCAAUCGUGGCUCUCUUCCUGAAUGUGUUCUACCCACUCAUCUACCAAACCCGCUGGAGAUAGGCGUGGGCACACAGCCAGCUGCAGAGCAGGGCUGCCGGGGCACAUACUGUGCCAGGAAGCUGCGCGACGAAGACGUCACUGCUGCCAGGUGGCCAGACAGAACCCUCUGGGCAGCAGGACAGAACCCUGUGGGAAGGACAUGCCCGCUGCGGGCACCAAUGCUCACCGAGGGAAGCGUCGGGCCAUCGGCUCCUGUCUGUCUGCUCUGGCAUCUCCUAUGCCAGCUGGCAGGGCUGCGUGGCCGGCCCCCAGCGUUACCAAGGCACAGCCCAGAACCAGCAUCCCUUCAGCCCACCCUCGCCCUGGCUGCUUGCUUGGAUUGGGGCUGGCCCCACUGGUACAUGCUGCUCGAGAAAGGACAGUGCCACUGCCACUGGGAACAUCCUGGGAACGAGCAGAGCCCUGCCCGGAGGCUAUUGUGAAAACAGGAUGCCCUGACACGGUCAUUGGUCCCACUGCCUCUCCCUGCUUUGGGAGCCUCACGUUCUUCAGAGCUGGCACAAGCUGUAUCCCUCCAGGCCAGCAUCAUCUCCUGUGCUGGGACUGGAUGGCUUGUCACAGAGUGCUCUGUGCUUCCUUGCUCGGCCAGAGGGCUUGGCCACAGCGCUGCUCCUCGCCCCGGGGCAGGGGGGAGCAGCACCCAGGCAGACUGUGCUGGGGCGCCCCAGGCACACGCUGACCUGCGUGGGCUGCCCCCGCCUGCAUCCGAGGGUCCCAGUUCUCCGCUGUGCAUGGCCGCCUGGGAUGGGUCUGGGGGAGCACGGGGCAGCACCUCGUUGAGAGACUGGUGUGGGGUUGGGGAGCAGCAGGCAGGAGCUAGGCUGCAGGAGGCCAGUGGGAGGCUGUGCUGGCAGCGUCACUCUGCUGCACGUUGCGGGGUGUGCCAAUAAAGGCAGGUUUUGCAAAGA